AUGGGAUUAAGUUUUUUAAAGAAUGCGACUCUAGAUGACAAUAUCUCCAAUCAAGAGGAGGGACACAGUCUUUUGAAAAUAGUAUCAAUCGCCACCAUUACUGCAAUUGUAAGCUUUAUAACUAUAAUUGGUAACAUUUUAGUCAUUGUCUCAUUCAAAGUGAAUAGCCAACUUAAGACUGUGAACAAUUAUUAUUUGUUAAGCCUGGCCUGUGCUGAUCUCAUCAUUGGAGUGUUUUCAAUGAACCUCUACACCUCUUAUAUUCUAAUGGGUUACUGGUCGCUGGGAAAUCUGACAUGUGAUUUGUGGUUGGCAUUAGAUUAUGUAGCUAGUAAUGCUUCUGUCAUGAAUUUGCUCCUCAUUAGCUUUGACAGGUAUUUCUCAAUUACACGCCCUUUGACAUAUCGGGCUAAGCGUACACCUAAAAGGGCUGGCAUAAUGAUUGGACUCGCUUGGUUAAUAUCUUUUGUAUUAUGGGCCCCAGCCAUUGUAUGCUGGCAGUACCUGGUUGGAGAAAGGACAGUGCACCCAAAUGAGUGCCAGAUACAAUUUUUAUCCGAGCCCAUUAUUACUUUUAGCACAGCAAUAGCUGCUUUCUAUAUUCCUGUGUCGGUGAUGACGAUAUUAUACUGCCGUAUCUACAAAGAGACAGAAAGGCGCACUAAGGACCUGGCAGAGCUUCAAGGAACAAAUCUGGGGUCUGAAAAUGAAGUUGCGCCAUCCAAAAAGACUCUUUUGAAGUCCUGUUUUGGCUGUGAAGGCAACAAACUUUCAAACAAAGAAAGAUGCGAAGUUUCAUGGUCUUCUUCAAACAGGAGCACAACAGUGACUCUGAAGUCCAUGCCUACACCAAAUGUCACAGAGCAGCGGCUAAGCAGUAACAAAAUGGGAUCUUUUGUUAAUCGCCCAGCACCAGGCAAUGAUGAAAAGCUUGCCACAACAUCAGUCACUUCAGGAUCUCAAGAGCAAAAUCAGGCCAAUGUGUGUGGUGGUGAAGGUGACCCAAGGAUGUCCUUUGGUAAGCAUCCUACCAUAAACGAUUAUGAAAAUCAAAACACUUUGAUGACCCCUCUAAAAAAGAUGAGUGAUAAAAAAUAUGUUUCUUACAAAUGUAGUAAAUUGGCUGUUAAGAAUGGAAGUUUCUCAUCAACUUCAGAUGCAAGUAAUGGAAGUACAGAAGAAAAGGUAACACCCUGUUCAUCUGCUGACUCAGAAGGUCGAACUAUUAGAAAUCUUGAUCAAAAUCUUGGCAUCCAGAUCACCAAAAGAAAACGGUUGGUUCUGGUCAAGGAAAAAAAGGCUGCCCAGACGCUUAGUGCUAUCUUACUAGCUUUCAUCAUCACCUGGACACCUUAUAAUAUUAUGGUAUUAGUCUCAACAUUCUGUUCAAAUUGUAUCCCAUUGUCAUUGUGGCAUCUUGGAUACUGGCUGUGCUAUGUCAACAGCACAGUCAACCCAAUGUGUUAUGCUCUGUGCAACAAAACAUUUCGUAAAACAUUUAAGCUGUUGUUAUUAUUUCAAUGGAAGGGAAAAAGAAGUGAAGAGAAAUCAGGCUGCCAUAGUCAGUACUCAGCUGCCAACAAGUAA